UCUUUUAUGUGAAUACUGUAAAAAAAUUGUUGCAGUAAACUUUACACCUAGGGGAUGUGGAGCCCAUGUGAUGCAGUACUUCACACACAGCUGUGUAGCUCUUCUGGAGGCCUGUUCAACGUGACCCGCGUCACUUCGUGUUACGUCGUGUUUUUUCGUCUAUUUCCGCCGCGUCUCCUUCCUGUGCUGCUGAUCGUCCCGCAUAAAGAAAGUUGGCAGCCAUUACCUUUUAUUUUCCUUUUCUUUUUUUUGAUCGUGUGAAAGCAUUGCCCUUGAUAUAAGCGAGCAGAGUUUGCGGUUUGUAGUGUGCACUUAGUGAUUAUUGUACACAGUGGUGUGUUCGUGCAGGCAGUGCACAGGGAGCGAGGCGGAGUCGGCAGCCGAUUCGGCUCUGUUCGGCUGCAGUCGGGCGCCGCUGUGCUGAAUGACAUGGACGCAGGCGAGGCGGCGGUGAAGCGGCUCGGGUUAGCCGGAGCGGAGGAGGAGGAGGAGGAGGAGAAGGCCGGGGGACUGGAGGAAGAGGAAGAGGAGGAGGAGGAAGAGGAGGAGGAAGAAGAAGAGGAGGAGGAAGAGGAGGAGGGGGAGCGCUCCGAAAGCGAGCCGGACGAAGCCGAAGUUAGCACGAUGCCCGGCAUGGCGGAAGCGGCCAACAUCGCCAUAGCCGAGUCCCUGCCGAACACAGACGACGGCGAAGCGCCGUUUGCGGAGGUUACAGCUGUUACAGUCAGUGAUGUCCAGAGUGCAGAUGACAACGUUUUCUCAACAUCCGUUGCCACGGCAGCCUCCAUCCCUGAACAUGUGCUUGUGCGUGUUUCAUUUGUUUCAGAGCAGUCCCAGCAAACGUCCCACGUCGGACCUUUACGGACAGGUAGAACCACUCUGCAGAUUGGGGACAGUCUCAGCACGCAGAAGGCCACCCUGAUUGUUGUGCACACGGAUGGGAGUAUAGUGGACGCCACAGGCCUGAAAGCCACAACCGCACCCAUGACGCCAGGUGUGUGGCCUCAGACUCCCUCCACCCCGCUGACCCCAAGCCAUGAGAAAGAUGUGAACAAGUAUAACUGGGAUCCGUCCGUGUACGACAACGAGCUGCCUGUGCGCUGCAGGAACACCAGUGGUGUCCUCUUCAAGAACAGACUGGGAUCAGGUGGCAAAGGACGUUGCAUCAAAUACAACAAUACCUGGUACACUCCAACGGAGUUUGAAGGGCUGGCUGGAAGAGCCAGCAGUAAGGACUGGAAGAGGAGUAUUCGUUAUGCUGGGAGACCUCUCCAAUGCCUUAUACAGGAACGUAUCCUCAACCCCCAUGCUGCCUCUUGUACAUGUGUGGCCUGCUGUGAUGAUCUAGCUGUGGGGGGUGUAGUUUCCCAUGGCUACUUCAAGAAGAACAAGGACGGAUCCUUUGGAGGCGACAGCGUAUCUAUGACGGGACCUGUGCGACUCUUUGUCCCUUACAAGAGGCGCAAGAAAGAGAGUGAGCGUCCGGCAUCUCCAGAGAAGAAGGACGCACCGCCACCCAAGAAUAUUACUCUAGCACCUGGGGCUGCAUUCACAGUGACCCCAUCAGGUCAGCUCACCACUGCUGGCACACUGACCUUUGAUCGAACGGCAGCUGGAGACGCAACGAGCAUCAUUUCUGACAGCCCUGCCGCUUCAGAUGUCUUCAGCAGCACAGCAGUGCUGACCACGCUGCCGGCUCUGACAGUCGUCCCUCAGCAGCCCAUGUUACAGGCUAAAGCUCCCGCUGCAGCUGGAAUGGUCAACGGCUUGGAGAUGAGCGAGCAGCGCACCUGGCUGUACCUAGAGGAGACGGCCAACACACUACUCAACACUGUCCAGCAGCUCAAAGCAUUCAUUACCCAGGCCAAACAGGCUAGCCAAGCCAGCAGCAGCCUGGAGAAAAGCAACUGCAGCAGGAAGGAUUCUUUUCCCAGCCAACUGUCGCUUACUGAUGACACAGAGGGGAAGAUUACUGAAAUUAUCAUCAAGCAUACCUGUGUGAACUGUGGGCGUGAAGCAUCCAGCGAAUGUGCAGGCUGCCACAAAGUCUAUUACUGUUCUAACUUCUGCCAAAAAAAGGAUUGGAAGGAUCACCAGCACAGUUGCUCUCAGCCCAGUGUAGCUGUGGGAGUUCAUGACGAGGCUCACAUAGCCAGCAUGGAGGUAGAGAAAGUCAAGGCAUAGCCCCAAUACGGACACAUGCAGUGGUCUUGGAAUAAUCCCACCCUCAACCUCUGUGAAAUACACUAUAUGGCCAAAAGUAUGUGGACAGCUGACCAUCACACCCAUAUGUGGUUCUUCCACAAACUGCUGUCGCAAAGUUGGAAGCACACAAUUGUCUGGAAUGUCUUUGUGUGCUGUAGCAUUAUAAUUUCCCUUUACUGGAACUAAGAGGCCCGAACCUGUUCCAGCAUGACAGUGCCAUUGUGCACAAAGCGAGCUCCAUGAAGAUAUGAUUUGCCAAGGUUGGAGUGGAAGAACUCGAGAGUCCUACGCAGAGCCCUGACCUCAACCCCACUUAACACUUCAGGGAUGAACUGGAACACCGACUGCAUGCCAAGUAAACAUAACAGCAAAGGGGGAAUAAAUAUGAAAUGGGAUACCCAGGAAGCACAUAUGGGCUUGUUGAUGAGGUGUCCACAAACUUUUGGCCAUAUAGUGCAGGACACUUUUUUUUUUUUUUUGAAAGUCCUUGUGUGCUACAUUCCUGGAGGAGCAUAAUGCCAGAGACUGAAAAUGAAGCAUCUAUGCAAGAUGAGGAAACAUGGAGCUCUUGGAGACCAUGGCACAUUUUGUGCAGUUCUUAUCAGUCUUUGAAGCAUGGCUUGACACAAAAAAUAUUAAUGUGAUUAAAAAUAUUGAUGUGGUUAUUGAACAUAAGUCAGCAAAAGAAACCAUGAUGUCAUUUAUAAAGUGAGAAGUGAGCCUCAAAAAGCCUCAAGGAACAUGACAAUGAAUAUACAACUUUGUUUAUACAUUGCACGUUUGAUAGUAUUUAAAUUAAAUGGAUAAUAUGUCAAA